AUGUCGGAUCAGUCACCUGCUCCGAAAAGGCUUCGGCUUGGGUCGCUUGCAGACGGCUUCCGUGGUGGCAGGAUACGUCCGUUCGCCGAUUUGAGUACGGGCCAUGCACCUGAGCAGCAGCAGCAUGCCGCAGUACAGCAGACAGCCGUACAAAUAGAUCCAGCGGGGCCCGCAGAGGACGGACGCCAUCCAACGGCAGCUGCUGUAGAUACACAGCUGGAAGGGCAGCACCGGGAUGCUGCUGCUUCUGCUGCGGAAGUACGGGAGAGAUGGCGGCGGCAGAAAGCUGCACAGCGUGCGGCAGCCCUUCCUGAGCUACGGUUGUUGCAGCGGCAGCAGGACGCUGCACGGCACGCGGCUGCACGUGUCGACCCGCAGGUGAGGGCGCAGGAACAGCUGCGUGACGCUGCGCAGCAUGCAGCUGCACGUGCUGACCCGGAAGUAAGGGCGCUCCAGCAGCUGCAGAACACAGCACAGCAUGCAGCUGCACGUGCUGACCUAGAGGUGAGGGUGCUCCAGCAGCAGCAGAACACAGUACAGCAUGCAGCUGCACGUGCUGACCCGGAGGUGAGGGCGCUCCAGCAGCAUCGGAACACAGCACAGCAUGCGGCUGCACGCCAGCUGCAGCAGCAGAACCAGCAGGCCGCCCCUAGGGACACCCUAUUGGCUCGCAUGCACCGUCUCCUGCGCUUUGCGGACCUUCAUCGUGAUGCCGCCAUUGACUUGCCCGACUUCCUUUUGGCAAUUCCAGAGGGCCGCGUGCAGGACCUUCCUGGCGGUCAGUUACCGCCUGACAGGCAGGUACCGUACACCGUGCAGCUGCAGUGUGCAUCGGCCAUGGCUGCUGCCUUGCGCCGGCGCAUGCCCUCCCGUGUCUGUGCUGUGUGCUCUGAGGUGUGCUCGGAGGACCAGUCGACGGUGCUGUACUGGAUGGAGAUUCCCAACGUCGACAUUCUACGUGCAGACGUCAUGUGUACUGACGCUGUGCAGCGCUGGGGGCGUACUUUGGUGUGGCAGCGGAUGGCGCGUACAGCUCAGGGAGACGCACCACCGCCACCUGAUCCGGUCCUGCCGGCUCGGUAUCGUGUUAGCCGGGCUGAGCGGGCUGGUGCUGUGGAUGAGGACGGCGGCAGUGCUAGUGGAGCAGGCAGGCUGGUGGAUGAUGCAGCGGAAGGGGCAUUGGAGAUGGGUGGUGAUGCUCCGGAGACUGGUGAUUUAGAGGCAGCGGCGGCUGGGCAGGAGCCGCCCGAGCAACUUCCGCUGGACCAGCAGCCGCGUCCUCCGCGGGUGCUGCCCAGAGCCUGCCUUGACGACCCAGCUAGUGUGGAGGUGCCGUACUGCAUGCGGUUAGAGCCGGAUCUGCCCAACCGCACUAUGCUGGUCGGCGACGGUGUUGCAGAACGCAUAUUCAUAUGCAACGCCUGCCACAAGGCCUUGAGUGCCCGCCGAGUUCCCGAAGCUGCACUGGCGCGUCUGGACCCUGGCGAUGUGCCGCGCGUCAACCAUCUGGGUGACCCUCUGCCGUCGCCCACUUUCCUGGAGGGGCAGCUUCUGGGCCGCGGCCGCAUCAUCCAGCAGUUGCUCAUCAUGUACCUGGCAGACCGACCGCCGGACGUCUUCCCGCAUGCUGUAAAGACUCACGGCAUUGGGGUCGUAAAUCCUGACCCGAAUAUGCUGCGAGCACAGCUGCCGGCACGGGCGUCCGACCUGGCUGGCGCUAUCACGGUUGUGUGUGUCGACCAGGUUCGCAACCGGGCGGAGCUGCUGGAACGUGUGCGAAAGGCGCCAGGUCUACAGCACAACGACGAGGAGGAGCUGGCUGUUGAUGAGGAUGCUCUGCAGGAGUACGAACGCAUGGGCUGUGCUGCAGGUGUGCGGCAGUUCCAGGACGUGGUGGAAGCGGCUGUUCGUGAUGGCAAUCUUGCCGAUGCAACUGCGGUACCUGACGUGGAUCCUGUAGGACCGGUGCAGCCACCGCUGGCGGAUCCGACCCCGAAUGCAGGACCGGUGCAGCCAACACUGGCGGAUCCGACCCCGAAUGCAGGGCAAGACCCUGGACUGGGGCCAUUCACCGCCAUCCUGCGUGGACCUGUCGACCAGCCAGUUGAAGGUGCACCAGUCGAUCCGGCAGCUGCCACUCUGGACGAGCUGGAGCUGAUCCUGCCACAGCCGUCGAAUGUGGGCGAUGAUGGCAGCGAAAUCGACCGCUUCCCGGGCCGAGUGGAGGACCUUCUGACUGGCCGCGCACGGCUUGCGUUUGCGGCUGGUGGCCGUGACAGCCACGUGCUGGAUGACCGUCAUCCCGCCAUCCUCACCCUCUGCUUCCCCCAGUCCUUCCCGUACGGCUUUUCUGGUCAGCGCCCCCGCGGCAUGUCUUUUCCGGCGUAUUGUCGCCACCUGCUGCACCGCGUGCCACGGACGCAAUUCGGCGGCAAUCUCAUGCUGCUGGCACGCAUGUACGACAUCUGCAUGCGCCACGAAAGCAUGGCGCAAGUGGGCAUUACCAUGAACAUGCGGCCGCAUCUUGGCGAACCAGCAGCGCGUGUGCCGCGUGAUGUCAUCCGUGCUAUGGGCACCAUACUGGCGCUGCCGUAUCGGCACUCACAGCGGCGGCAGCUGCUUGCACAGCAGUCGCCGCUGGUUAAGGCGCUGGUGGAGGGGGCCCGCCUCAGUACUCUGCGCCUCGACCUCACAGACGCGUAUUACAACGGUGCCCGAUCCAAGAUGCGUGCAGCCGCCCUCACCAUUGGCUGGCCCCCGCUGUUCUUCACCGUAAAUCCGGCAGAUAUGCAUGCAGCCUGUGCAGUCGUGACCUCCGGACAGGUAUUGGACUUCAAUGAUGACGGACGACCGCAACAUAUCCCGAGCACAGUGGAGAAGUGGCGGCGUGUGAAGGAUGACCCGUACAGUUGCGCCGCCCUGCUGGUGGCCACCAAGGAGGUUCUGGUGGAGGAGCUAUUCGGCUUCGCGCCGGGCGCCAUGCAGCAGACAAACCCGCGCUGCUUCUGCUGGCUCACGUUUGAGGUGGCGGUCAAGGUGGAGCAGAGCGGCCGCCUCGCCCUGCACAUCCACGGUGUUGCGCAUGUGGCCACGUUCGCAGUCGAGCGCCUUCAGGCGCUGUUCAGUGGACCCAACUGCCGAGCGCUGGCCCUGGCAUACGCCCUGUGCGCCAUGUGGUAUCCCUCGCCGUACUAUGACCCUUUCACCCGCGGUGCAGAACACUACGUCAUGGACAUGACCGUCGAAGAGGUCCAGCAGCAUGGCCGUGCACCUCCGCCCGUGGACAAGUCCUGCCCGCCUGCAGCGUACGAUUUUGGCAGGCUCGCCGGCUGUGCAGGUGGCGGACUCCUGCCGCCUCCCCGGCACGCUGCUUGUCGCGCGCACCAUGCGGCCGUCGUUCGCAGCACGCUUACUCAUACGCAUAACGACACCUGCAAGCGACACGGCUGCCGUGGCACAGAUGAUAGCUGUGGCAUGGCGUUCCCUCGUGUCCUGCGCAGCGCCUUCCAGUGGAUUGGCACCAGCGGCCUCUUCCUUCUGCCGCGAUUGGGCCCGAACAUUGUACCGCACAUGCCAGCUGCAGCGCUGGCAUUUGGGUGCAACCAGCUGUUUACUCUGGCGUGCGAGGUGGAUCGCGUCUACACUGCAGAGGCAGCAGCGCAACUGGCCCGCCCUGAAGAUGAACGGGGGGACUGUGCGCUGCUGCAGCCUGCUGCUGACCGCGCCCGCGACGCUGCCUACUACAGCACGAAGUACACUGGCAAGAGCAUAAACGACAGCCAGGCGCAGCUGACAUGCAACGCUCUUACCCGAGUGCAGGAUUUCCUGCUAGCUGGAAGGAUGCCGAAUCCGGGUGCCACUGGGCCCACUGCGUUUGGCAACAUGUGUGCCACCGUGCAUCGCAUGACCGCUUCCAUUACGGCUGGUAUGGCGCUUGUCGCCAUGAAGCUGGACGGUCAUUCCACCUUCGAAGCGACGUUCGAGUGUGCAUACCUGCAGGUAGACGCAUUCACGGCGCUAUCUGCGGGCGCGGAGCAAUCUCCUGAGGCGGCGACCACAGCGGCGGUACUGGUGGAGGCUGAGGAGCAGGAGGCCUACACGGUGACCAACGCCGUGCAGAGCUACGUGCUGCAGGGGGAAGAACUCAGCGGCCUGGACUGCAGCGUGUACAACCUAUCCUCCAACUAUGAGGUCCGACCCCCGGCCCCUCCUCCUGAGCCACCUGCUCCUACAGCUGCAGCGACACUCGACCAGCCAACGUCUCAGACAGCCACGGAGCUGCCCCGCCUGGUGGCCUUCCACGGCACGCAUCUGCUCUACAGAACACAUGUCCACGUCCGCCUGCCGCGGCCGCGCUACGUACAGCUUGGAGGCUCUCUUCCCCGCCGGCCCCGCCCUGGCACCUCUGCUGCGGGCAUGGCGCAGUACUACGCGUUUGUCCUGGGUACUUUCAAGGCUCACCGGGGUCAGCCCAUCCCCCCCGGGCUGACUGUAAAGGAAGCCUACGACACCUGGUGGGCAGAGCUGGGCACUACCGAGGCAGGUCGCUCGUACCAGGCGUAUGUAUCGGUGCUGCUGGACAACAUCGAAGAGGACCACGCUGGGAAAGCCCGCCGUCAGGCGGAGUACAACCAGCGGCGCCGCCAGCAGCGUGCGGCAUCGGCAGCAGCCGCGCUGCCUGAAGGUGACAGCACGAGCGCUUCGGAUGGAGAUGCCGAUGACGGCAUCCGCGGGCAUCUCAGACCUGAUCCUGAAACACAGCCGCCCGCCGAGGACCAGCUGGAGCACUUCGUGUACAUCCCAGGUCAGGAGUAUCCGACGGCUGGCACCGACCUCGCCGCCGUCGCUCUUACUGACCUGUUUGACUGCACCAACGCUGCUGGCGCGUAUGCCUAUGAUGCAGCACGGCGCUGCCGAGCCCCGGCCCUAGCGGACGGCCAUGGUGCACGCAGCGAUCAUUUCAGCCGUCGGAUCACGCCAGCGGACCUGCCCCUCCUGACUGAAGCAACCAAGCGUCUGAAGCGGUAUCUCGUUGCAGCAGCAGCUGGCACUGUUGAGGCAGAUGGGGGCGCCCACACGGGACUGACGGCCACACCUGAGAUGGACACCCCUCGUGUCGAGCUGCACCGCCCCACCAGCGGACCCCUGGUCGCCAUUGUGCGCAUGCCUGGCACUCCUGAGCGGACUGAACAGGCUCGCAUGCCCAUCUAUGUGCACCUCCCCCAGCCGCCCAGCAUCGACGACACCAUCGAGCUGUUCACGCUUGCCCCCCACCAGGCCGUGCCCUUCAUGCUCAUGGCUCGGUACUUCGAUCAUCGCGAUGAGCCCAACCCUGGCGACCCGCCGCAGAUGCUUGUGGAGGGCAAGCCCGGUACCGGAAAGAGCCAGUUCGUACAAGCGCUCCUGUGGUACACCUUCCAGCAUGGCUGUCCGCACUGGGCGGCCACCUGCGCCUACUCAUGGGCUGCUGCAACUGCCUUCAGCACACCGGUGCAUCGCAGCCUCUCUACCCACGCCAUGUUUGCCCUAUCUGCUGGCAGCAACCGAGCGGACAGCGUCAGGAAAGGCAGCGCAGCCAGCCUACAGGUGCAUCGGAAUGUCGGCGAUGGUGCACUCAUCAUUGACGAGAUCGGCAUGAACAGCCUGGACCACCUGGGUGCGUGCAACCAGUCCUGCACUCAUCACCUGUUGCCGCCACCGCAUCUCGCCAGCGACCACCCCGCCGCCACCAUCUUCAGCGGCCGUCCUAGCGCCAACACGGGCGACGAGUUCCAGCACCCGAAGCCAGGUGGCCCACCCCUCUACAAGUACGCCGUUGCUGUGGAAUGCAACCCUCAGUUCUCGCCCUCUGUCCCAACCGCGCAACCUCUGCACGGAGAGGAGGACAACGAUGACGACCCUAAUGAGGCCGCCGCUGGAUCUCAAGGCGGUCAGCAGCAACCUGAAGCAGCAGCACGCCGGCCCCGGGCCGUCCCACAGACGCAGAGCUGCAUACUUGAGGGCUUCCGGGUUUACCGAUCCCUGGCUAAGACGGUCUUCUUGCUGGAGAAGCAGCAGCGCCAGGACAGCAGCCCCUCUGGUCGUCGCCUGACAGAGUAUGCCUCUAUGUUUGGCGGUGAGCCAGCCACCGAGCAGCGCAUAGCCGAGAUGGUCGACGACCUUAACAGCCGUGCCAUCGUCGACUUGGCCGACCUGGCACACCUCGAGCCGCGCGUCGUGCUGCAGAGGAACGAACCACGCCACACACUCAAUACCCGGCUCAUCAUGCUGGAGGCACAGCGCAAGAAUCAGCGCCUUGUGGUGUGGAAUGCGGACCACGUCCCUGUCCAGAAGCGUGGUGCUGCUGCGGAACCGGCCCUGACACACGUGGAGAAAGCAGUUGCAAUGCGGAUCAAGGAUCACGAGUUUGGCCACACCACCGCCGACACGUGGUACUACCAUGGCGCCCGAUACAUCCUCCUUGAUACGACAGCUGCCGAUGCCGGAGCGAGCCACAACAACGAGGUGGAAGCCUGCGGCCUGCUUGAGGAUGGCCGCGAGCCAGCCGAUGACGGCCGUGGCCCCUACCGCCGGCUCAAGUACCUUCCGGUGGCCGUCAUUGUGCGGCCUAUAAGCGGCCACAUCCCCGGCACCGUGCUGCAGGGCCUUGGAGACUACGCCAGCAGGGGUGGUGCCUUCAUCCUGUCACCCCGGGCGUCUUGCAUUGCCGAGGUGGAGAUGCCUGCCGCCGGGUACGGCACCAUCACAAAGCAGAUCCGGCGCCUGAACGUGCCGCUCGGCGACCGCCAGGCGGUCACCGAUUACUUCGUGCAAGGCCGCAGCUUCAAAGACGAGUGCUGGCUGGUGGAUCUCGCUGUCCCACCCAACGGCAUCAAGCGCGCCACCCUGUAUGUGCUGCUGACCCGCUUCAAGACGCUGGACCACGUCCGUCUGCUCCGGCCGCUCUACACUACACCGCACGAGCGCAAGAGGAUAAUCAAGCAGUUCCUCAGCGCGACUAACCUCGAGCCGGACCUGGCCGCCAACCUGCGCCUGCUGAAGCAGGCAGCGCGCGAGACCGAGCAGCACUAUACAGCCGAGUUCCAGCAUGCGCGACAGCUGGAAGCGCGCUGGACCGGCCCGGUCCAGGCCUAG